CUGCUCACAGGACUUGGGACGGCCCUGACCCAACCCAGGGAGGGUCUGGGGGAGCAGGCCUUCAACCCAAGGCCAACUGAAGCAUCGAGUAAGCAGAAGGCAAAAAAUACUGGUCACUGCUGACUGCCAGGCUGACCAAGUUCUCCCGGGUUGUUGGCUUGUGCUUUGUGUGCAAAGACAAGGCACUUCUGCUGCAUGAGGAGUAAAUGCAGUGAAGAGACUCUUUGUGGGUGCCACUUGAAGGGAGUUGGAGGAGUCCUUCAUGCUCAUGUGCUCACCGGGGCUUGUCCAAGCCGGUCCACCAAAUGCAAAAUUAACUUCAUAAAUAUGCUGCUAUCCUUUUGAUAAGAACUGGGAGGGUAGGGAUACUCCUGGAAGGAGCCACCUUAUUUCAAAAACCUUCUGACCAUGCCUAGAAAUUCUCUGUUGUUUGCUAGAUUUGAAACUUUCUGGGCUGGGGUGAGAGGAACCACAAAGAUUGUCCAUGGCAGAUAAGCCUCUUUUGGUCUCUUAUUCACUGGAGGUGGGAUGGGGAGAGGGGUGUCCUUUAUUUUCAGACAGUUUAAUUCUUAUGUAUUAAGUGCCCUGUAGACUAAGCAGCUAAGAGUUAUCAGGGUCUGUGUGUGUGUGUCAUGUGUGUGACAUGUAUGGUGAAUGUAGGUAUGUGUGGUAUGUGUUUGGGGUGUGUAAGGUAUUUGUGUGUUGUGUGUUAUUGCAUUUAUUUUAUUCAUUUUUUGUUUUUUUGAAAUAGGGUUUCUCUGUAUAGCCUUGGCUGUCCUGGACUUGCUUUGUAGACCAGGCUGGCCUUGAACACUCUGCUUGCCUCUGCCUCCCUGAGUGCUGAGAUUACAAGUGUGCACCCCUGUGCCCGGCUCAUUUAUUUAUCUUUCUGUAUGUGUGUGUGAGCACAGAGCACAUACGGAAGUCAGAGGACAGCUUUUGGGAGUCGGUUUUCUCCUUUCAUCCUGUGGGUCCAAAGCACCAAGCUCAGACAGUUUGAACGCGCUUGAUGACUUUUUCAAAGGGAAAUUGAACUCGGGAGUUGGAGAAGUGGCAAGCACAAGAGGAGAAAGGCAGAGUGGCUAGAUGAAGGUCAGGCCACUCGGCUCCUACCUCAGCAGUCAGACUGAUGAGGCCAAUGUAGUUCAUGGCCUCCCAGAGCCCACGAGAAUAGAAGCAACCAGUGGGCUGGAUGAGAGAAAGGCUUUUCCUGUCCUGAGUUAUAGGCAAUAAGACAAUUUGAUGACGGUCUCCAUGACCGUGGAGGGCUUUAAGAAUGUGCAAAAUGAUUGCCUCUUUUCUUCCUUUUUUUCCUGGAAGAGAUAAGGAACUGGGUUUCUAUUAUCCAAGGAAGGACAGGGCCUCCAGAUUGAGGAAGGAGUUAUCUAGGGGAGCAGAGCACAGAACCCAACAAGAAGGGAAGAAGGGCGUGGUUCCAGGCUCCCAAGAGAGCAGUUAAGGCUCAGAGCACACUCCUGCCCGACCUCACCCACCUCCCCCUCCCUCUCACUCCCAUGAGGGGCAUCUUACUCCUUCAACAUCCCUCGCCAGCACACCCACCACCCAGAACCCCAGCACUGUCCAGCCGAAGCUUCAGACCCCUUCCUCCAAACCAGACGCUUCCUUUUUUCUCUUCCUCCUCCCUCCUUCAGUCCCGUUGCCUGUGGCCUUGCUUCAGGCUUAUCCCUGAAGUCAUCUCUGAUCAUAUGGCUUUCUCCUCUCCCUCACGCUCUCUCUCUAUAUUCUAUAUAUACUAGGUUCUGGCAAAACACUAACUCUAACCUGGUCCUUAUUGUCUCUCUGUCUCAGCCUCUGGACACACUGUGGACCUGUCUCUUCCUGCCAGAAUGCCCCCGUUGGCUUCUUGGCAGCUGCUGCUUCUCCUCUUUGUCACCACCUUUGGGGAGCCGUUGGCAAAGGUGGCACCUGUGGUGAAGCCUGGACCCUCAGGCCGGCGGCCCGGCGGACUGCAGGAACUCGUCAAUGCCUGGGAAAAGGGCCCGCGGUGUGCAGAGAGGAAGCCUGGGGCUGCAGGGCCGCGCGCUCGCAGGGCAUCGCCGUGCCCGCCCGUCGAGAGCUCCUCGGGGCGCCAGCGGCCCCUGUGCGCCGCCGGGAGUCGCCUGAUUCCCGCGCCCCGCGGAGCGGUGCUGGUGCAGCGCGAGAAGGACCUGUCAGCCUACAACUGGAACUCGUUCGGCCUGCGCUACGGCAGGCGGCAGGCGGCGCGGGCUGCACCGGCGGCGCGGGGCUGAGUGCCGGCGUACUGCAGCCCAGCCUGCAGCAUCCGGGCCAGCGCAGGGGGCUUCUGGAUCGGGGCAAUAAAAGCAAAGCUGCCGUCUCA